GAGAAACAAACACAGAAAAUUUUACAUCGGUUUCAAAUAUAGAGAAGAAUGGACAACAAAAAAACCUUCAAACAUAGAUAGCUAUGAGGAAAUGGAAAAUAAAAACCAACGGAUUAAGAAAAUAUUAAUUACCAUUAACUUUGUUAUUAUUAUUUUUUAAACGACAAUUCUAACCUAUUCCUAAACUAGACAUUAAAUUCAUCUAUGUCCAUAGCAGGACUUAACCUUCAAUCUCAAGAAAAAAGGAAAACACCAGAUACCAUUAGGCUAUAAGCCAUUUUGUUGCAUUUAAUUUUAUUCUUUUGUUGCAUUUAAUUCCAUGAUAGAUUAAUUCCAUUCUUUUGUUGCAUUUAACUAAUAAUGAGAAGUAUUUUAGUAAAAUAUGUAUUUAUUUUUAAAAAUUGACUAUUAUAUUGAAAAACAAAAGGACUAUUAUUACGUGACAUUCUAUUUUACCCGAGGUACAGCAACGAUCUAUACAGCAUACAGUUUUAACACUGUAAAUUGACGGCUGACCAAGGGAGGGGUAAAAAGGGUAGUAGUGAGAAGCUCAAGAGAAUAAAGCAAACUUCCAACUUCUGGUAGAGAUAGGGGGAUCGCCGGAUCGGAGCAUCAUCGUCGUCGACGGAAUGGAUUCAGAUGAAGAUGAGAGGAUACCACUUAGUCAAAGACCGGAAUGGUCCGACAUCACUCCCGUACCGCAGGACGAUGGUCCUAACCCCGUUGUUCCAAUUGCGUACUCUGAAGAGUUCGCCGAGACUAUGGAUUACUUUCGAGCUGUAUAUCUCGCCGAUGAGCGAUCACAUCGCGCUCUUCAGCUUACCUCCGAAGCAAUUCACUUCAAUGCUGGAAAUUACACCGUGUGGCAAUUCAGAAGAGUAAUACUUGAGGCUCUCAAUGCUGAUUUGCAUGAUGAAUUAGAAUUCGUUGAGCAUCUUGCUAGCAAGAACUCAAAAAACUACCAACUAUGGCACCAUAGGAGGUGGGUUGCUGAGAAAUUGGGGAGUGAAGCUGCAGGUAGAGAACUUGAGUUCACCAAGAACAUAUUCUUAAAUGAUGCUAAGAAUUAUCAUGCUUGGUCUCAUAGACAGUGGGUCCUUCAAAAUCUUGGAGGCUGGGAAGAUGAACUUGCUUACUGUGAUAAACUACUUGAAGAUGAUAUUUUCAACAAUUCUGCUUGGAAUCAGAGAUACUUUGUUAUAACAAGACACCCAGGAUUAGGAGGCAUAGAGGGAAUAAGAGAUUCCGAGGUUAAUUACACCAUAAAAGCCAUUUUGACAAAACCAGAGAACGAAAGCCCAUGGAGAUACCUUCGUGGCCUCUACAAAAACAACAUGAAGGCAUUUGUAACAGAUUCCAAGGUCUCAACGCUUUGUCUGAAAGUGUUGACUUCCAAAGUCAACUGUGUGUUUGCUCUUAGCCUUUUGUUGGAUCUCCUUGUCCAUGGUUUUGAACCUACCCAAGACCUCAAAAAUGCUCUGGAAUCUCUGAUUCCGGAGUCGAACAAUUUGGAUUCCGAUGUGGCGGCUAGGGUUUGUUUGGUUUUGGAAAUUAUGGAUCCGAUGAGGGUGAAUUAUUGGAGGUGGAGAAAGAGUAGUCUUUCUUCUCAUGUUGAAGAUGGAGUUAAAAACCUCAGUGUUCAUUAAGCCAGACUUGUUAUUUAGGACAAGACACUGUAUUUGACAUGCAUUGGACUGACACUACUGAUGAGACUAAUGUCAAUUUGAUGAAAUUUUCAGUUUUUUGUCUUGAUAUCUUGUUUGUUUGUUUGUAAGCUUUUAUUUGAAUAAUUAACUUAUUUUUCACCA